AUGAUUAAAGAACAAUGGCAGAGUGAAGAGGGAACCUUCUAUAUAAGACAAUACAGGCAUCAUCAAUGCACCCUGCCUUUGAGUCGAGUCGGCGAGAAGGCUUACUAUGUGGAGAGCAAGGAGAAGCAAACCUGGUACGAUGCCAACGAGCGCUGCAUUCGUGCCGGCCUUCAGCUGGCCACCGUCGACUCCGAGUACAAGUUCAACGAGCUGGCCGACUUCCUAACCUCCAUGGGUUAUCGAUCUGACUGGAUUUGGAUUGGUGGCUUGGGUCGCCAGGGAAGUUGGUUGCAGUUCGGUCCAGCCAGGCCUCUUCCGUAUGCCAAGUGGUACACCAGUCAGCCGGACAACCUGAACAGUGAGAAUUGCAUGAAUCUCUAUCGCAUUGGAGAGCCUUGGUUCAUGAAUGAUUACUCAUGCCGCUCAAAGUUGUCCUACAUCUGCGAGUAUGAUAGUACCAGAUUUAUACGAAUUGAAUGUUUGUAUUAG